AUGCGCCAUAUGCAGAAUUGUGGAUGGGAACUCACCAUCUCCUCUGCUCCCAGCAUCUUCGAACCGGCGAGACUCUUUGCAAAAUCCUUGAAGAAGACCCAAGUAUCCUUUCUGUCUCCAUCAGCAAUCGCUAUCGGCAGCGGUUACCCUUCCUCUUCAAGAUACUCUCCAUCAGGAAAGCCCUCUGUAUUCAAGCACAUCCAGACAAGACACUUGCUCAAGAGCUUCAUGCGCGCGAUCCAUUUACGUAUCCAGGAUGCGAGGGACCUGAGCGAGGAGGAGGGUGCUCUCAAGCGAGCCUGGGAAGCGUUGCUCCGAGCUUCCCCGAGUCAAAUCGCCUCAUGCACGAAGGAGCUUAUGACUCUCCUACAGCAUGAUGAUCAAGAGACUGCUCCCGAAUUGCGCGGCCUGGCAAAGUUGAUCACCAGGCUGCAUCAACAGUGGCCAAACGAUAUCGGGCUUUUUGCGGUCUUCUUCAUGAACCAUGUCACCCUGACACCUGGCGAAGCUCUAUUCGUGCAACCCAACGAGCUGCAUGCAUAUUUGAGCGGUGAUGUCGUCGAAUGCAUGGCGUCCUCGGCCAAUGUGGUCCGCGGUGGACUCACCAAGAAAAAGAAAGACAUUGAGACGCUAGUCUCAAUGCUAUCAUAUUCUUAUCGUCCCCCUACUACACCGAAGAUAUGUCCACUGAAUCCAUACGUGCUCUCUGCCAAGGAAACAGCAAUUUCAGUGUUAUAUGAGUCGCCAGCGGAGGAAUUCGACAUUGUCAAGACAGAGCUGUCUUCUCCCGACGCGGAAGUCCAUUUUGGGCCGAUACAAGGACCAAGUAUGAUGAUCUGUCUGCAAGGAGGCGGAGAAAUUGCUGCAGGAUGCCGUGAAGACAAGAUUGAGACAGGUUCGAUUUGUCACCAGGGAGAUGCGUCAAUUUAUCUUGCCUUCUGGCCCAUCUCAACCAAAGUCCACGCGCAUUCGAACCCAUCCUUUACUAACAAUCUUUACAUUUCCUCCCAAGACCUUCUCAGCAUGAUCGUUGUCACUGGUGGUGCGGGGUUCGUCGGCUCCAACAUCGUGAAAGCGCUGAACAAGCGAAAUCGACAUGACAUUGUUGUCGUGGACGACAUGAGCGAUGGAUCCAAGUUUGUCAACUUGGUCGACUGCGACAUUGCCGACUAUCUCGACGUGGAUGACUUUCGCAAGGCCAUCCGUGAUGACACACUACCCUUUCGCCCGACGGUCAUCUUUCACAAUGGCGCUUGCUCCUCCACCACGGAGAUGAACGGCAAAUACAUGCUCGAUGUCAACUUCACCACGUCCAAGGAAAUAUCCCAGUACUGUCAGAGGAACAAGACAAGAUUCAUCUAUGCCUCUUCCGCUGCUGUGUACGGGAGUAGCCAUUCUCCCGCCGCGGGGGAGAAAACUCCCCAAACGCGCCCUCUCAACGUAUACGGCUAUUCCAAGAUGCUCUUUGACCAAUACGUGGUGAGCCAUCUAGUCGAUAGGGGCUUGCAAGUGGUCGGCCUCCGCUACUUUAAUGUAUACGGUCCGCAGGAGCAGCACAAGGGAGCCAUGGCUAGUAUCGUGUACCAGAUGUACAAACAGCUUCAGGAAACAGGUGCGAUUACAUUGUUUGGCGAGUACGAUGGCUAUCAACCCGGCAUGCAGCAACGGGACUUCAUCCACGUUGACGAUGUGGUCAAGGUCAAUUUGUACUUCUUCGAUCAUCCAUCCUGUUCCGGGAUAUUCGACGUCGGGAAAGGGCAUGCGGAUACCUUUAUUGACAUGGCAACGGCGGUCCAAAAGAUUUGUGGCAUGACCGGCAACAUCGCUUUCAAACCAUUUCCAGAACAUCUGAAAGGGCGAUAUCAGAGUUAUACGUGUGCUGACGUUUCACAACUACGGUGCAUAGGAUUUGGAGAUGAGUUCAAGUCAGUCCAAGACGGCGUUCGUGAAUAUGGACAAUGGCUGAUGGCCCAGUCGCCAUAA